AUGCGCUCCACGUUCAUUCAACUCACAGUCCUUUCAGUCCUCACUGUUCGCGCGCUCGCGCAAACCGCAUACGCUAAUGAUUUUGUUGACCCGGACUACAUUCUUGCAAAGAACUUUGGCGCACAUACCUAUCGCGCACAGCAAGAGAUUAUUUCUUGGGCACAGAGGCUGGCCCGACCGACGGUCGUAAAUGGGCCGUGGAGCGUCAUGGACAAGUCGGUCAAUCCACCCUCCGGAGACAAGCAUGACUACCUGAGUUGGGCACCUUACUGGUGGCCAGAUUGUUCCGGUGUAGGAAACACAACCGCACUGACUCCUGAGCAGGUCUGGACCACCUGUCCGUACAGGAAUCGUGAUGGCCAGUUCAAUCCCGAUGGGCGCCUAGUGAACGACGUUGGCAACUUCCAAGACAUGUCGGAGGCUGUCUUCUACAACGCAAUCGCAUGGACGUUCGGAACAAACGAGGCAUCCAAAUUCGAGAAUGAUGCUGUUCGUUUCAUUCGGGCAUGGUUCUUAGAUACAGAAACGCGGAUGAACCCUCAUCUUAACUUCGGUCAGAUGAAGCGUGGACCCGAUGGUCAGGUCGGGAGCCAUACUGGUCUCCUGGACUUGAAGGGUAUGGCCAAGAUUACCUCCGCCAUUUUGCUUCUGCGCAAGGGCGGUAGUACCGUCUGGACGUCCGAGCUUGAUAGCCAAAUGAUCGCAUGGGCCCGGGAGUACAUCCAGUGGAUGGAAACAGCUGAGAUCUCGAUCGAAGAGCGCGAAGCAGAGAAUAAUCACGGCACAUUCUUCUACAACCAGCUCGCGGCUCUGAAGAUUUUGGUCGAUGAUCUCCCCGGCGCCAAGGAGGUCACCACCGCAUACUUCAAUACUCAGUACCUCUACCAGAUCGAGGCCAGCGGUGAACAGCCCCUCGAAGCAGCCCGCACUCGUCCUUACCAUUACCGCGCCUACAAUCUAGCCGCGACGAUUACCAAUGCCCGCCUUGACCAAUUCGCCAGCAAGAACACUGACGCCUUCCACAAGCGCACGAACGCCGGCUCGACCAUUCAGACCGCCCUCGAUUUUGCAAUGACUAUUUCGGCCACGGAUAGCAGCGAGACCCGCUACGCUGCUGAGCUCUACCCCAACAUCGCCGCUGUCGCUUCCGUGUACGGGGACCCCGAGGGCAAAUACCUUGCUUUCCUUAAGAAAUCUUAUCCUUCUUUCAUGUCCGAGCCUUUCAUCCUCUGGAACCAACCUUGGGCUGAAGGUGAAUCCUCAGGAUUGGCACCGGCUUCUAGGGUGGCUUCUUCUCCUACCUCCACCUCGCGCUCGAAGGCAACCAAGAGUGCGGCUGCCGAUGAUGCUGCCAGCGGUGCUCUUGCCGUUAGGAGCGCUAUCGGUAUCUGGUACGCCAGUGCUCUAGCUUGCAUCCCCGUCGCCGCUUUAUUCUUUAACUCUCUCUAA